AUGGAGCUCAAUUAUCAUGAUGAAAUUUCAAGUCGGCCACCCCUACAUUACAAAUCCGAUGAUAUCCCUCUUGAGAUGGUAAAUGAUGAUGAUGGGUGUGACGACAAACUCAUUCUAGGAACAGAUUUACAGGAGCAAUUAAAUGGGACUGAAAUUGAUGACAAUUUUAACGAAAGAGUAUUUAUUAUUGAAACAAACAAUACGUUUUUAGUUAUAACAUUUCAACUGUGUUUUCAGAAAUUCAAAGGAAGUAGGUUUCGUGCAGUUGUAAGUAAAGAAGAUAUUCCAGCUUGUUUAUCCAUCGGUCCAAACGUGAAUUGGAGCAAUGGAAGGAAAGAGCUUUGCAUAAAUCCAGAGAUGAUACUCACGUCAAUGUCGAUUUUGAAUAAUCCGUUUGACAAUUUUGAAGAAAGGUUUAGGAUCCGGGCAAAAAAUCAUCACGGCAUCGAGAUUGAGUUUAUAGACUUUUAUAUUGUAUGCCCGAUAGAAAUAACCGAGAGUCGCUCUCGCCUCACAAUAAUUGAAAGAAAUGGCGACAAAGAAAAUACAUACUGCAACACAAAUAAACCUCCGGAAAAAAUCAGCUCCGAAGAAGAAACUUUGUUGAUAGUAUUUCGUAAAUACGAAGACCCAACUAAAGCCUUUAUAGGAAAAGAGGGAUUUCGAUUACAUUACAGGACAAAAAACUACUCUUUAGCCAACUUGACCGAAAUUACCUUAAAAACAGAUGGCGACAUGAAGGACUCAACUAAGACAACAGUUUGUUCGCAGAAAUUCAAAAAGUGUUACAAAAUAUUUUCGUCAUCGAUGUCCUGGUAUCAAGCUGGUUCUGUUUGUGGGGAAUAUGACCAAUUACUUGUAACAAUACAGUCACCAAAAGAAUUACAGUACAUUAAUUACCUACUUCGUGAACAGAGGUACGUUGAUCGAAGAGCUGAGAUGAGUGAUUCAAAAGAUUCAAGCUAUAAAGCACAUAUAGGAUUAAAGCGCAAAAUGGUCACAGAUAAGAAAGAAAAAAAAUAUGUUUGGUUGAACAAUUAUGAAGUCAUUUUUUCGCCUUGGGCAGUUGGUGAGCCAUCAUUUGGAGACUGUGCUUGUACAAACUUUCGGUCAUUUAUUAUAGACAGAACAUUGGAAUCAGAAUAUUGUAACAAUGCACAUAAUACAGAUUAUUUCAUCUGUCAGUCGGAUUAUAAUGAAAAGGUUACCUCAAAGAAAAGCAGGUGUAAUACUAAUUUGUCUGAAGGAAACAAAACAAAAAUAAAUUACUCCUACUCCGGGAAGUUGUGUCAGAAUUGGAGUAAUCUAACGAAAAAUGCAUUGAUACAUUUCAAUAAAACAUUUGAUCAACGUAAAGAAGUUUUAAAGAAAAAUUCUACAUUAUGUCAAGACCCACAUCGCUCUGGAAUAAUGGGUUGCUACGUGAAUGACAGCGUGUCGAUCUGGGAGCCAUGUUUCUUUUCACAAACUGGUUCUGAUGCUAUGAUCAUGGUCAAUGCUGAUGUUUUUUUUGUAUGCAACUCUACCAGACGCCGUAUACCAUGGGUGAAUAAAUGUGAUAAAACGUUCCAUUGUGAAGACAAAACCGACGAAGUUAAUUGCACCUUGGAAGAACACGAACUUGCACGAGAGGUUGAAUUAAGCUCCACAAUUCUAAACGUAUCGGUCGAUGAAGGAGGAAACUAUCAUCAAUGUGGUAGUAAGGAAUGGAUUUCCAUAGCUGCAAAAUGUGAUUCUGUAAUAGACUGUUUAGAUGCAUCUGAUGAAAUCGAUUGUAUACGACAAAGUACAGACUGCAAUGAGAAUGAAUUUGCUUGUGCUGAUGGAAGCUGUAUAAAACUAGGUCAAGUCUGUGAUUUCAAACCAGAUUGCACAAAUGAAGAGGAUGAAUUUUGUGAACUUCGAAACUGCGGUCUCAAUGAAUAUGUUUGUGGUAAUAAACAGUGUAUACGGGACAGUAAAAGAUGCGACUCAAUCCCGCACUGUAUAGAUGGUAGUGAUGAAAUUGAAUGUUUGGAAUGUCGGGAAUCUUUUCACUGUAAUGGUGAUAGAUGUAUAGAUAAUAAACUGGUUUGUGACAAGGUGCGUGACUGUGACGACGGUAGUGAUGAAAGUGAUUGCACGACUGACGAUGAUUUAUCGUGCGAGAAGUGGUGGCACAAAGGCUAUUUUGAAUCUGGUCAAAGAGUUAUUGAUGGUAUGAAAGUGUAUUGUGACUAUGGUUCAAGAGCAGGUCUUCAACCAAAAAUAACUAUGGAAAUUAGAAAUUUAGAUUUGGAUGCAAAGAGAAACAUUUUAUACACAGAGUCUUCAAAGACAAAAUAUCUUACUUUCACCGAAGAUAGUGAAUUUUAUAAUUUUGUAACAGGAAUGAAAACAUGCACAGUCGAUGUAAAAAGUACUUGUCAUCUACCCGAAUACAGCGCUUCUAUGUUUGACGAAAAUUAUCAGCAAUUUUCAAAUAAGCUUUGUCAAUGCUCUGAACAUACAUUUAAGCUAAACACUAUCUACAUUUAUGCACACCAAGAUCUAAUAAAUGCAUCAAUACAAUUGAGGUAUGUAUAUAGUGUGUAAGUUAAUCCUAUUCAUUUUGAUUGUGUUCUACAAUUUUGAAAUGUUCGUCACUGACAUUUUCGAUACCAGUCUUCAACAUAGAAGAGAGAGUACGGUGUGUGUUUUAUUAAAAUUGUGACGUAUGCAGGUGACGUCAAUUUUUCAUCACACAGACAAGGAAAAUGACAG